AUGCUUCACGUUCGUGCCUACAGCGGUCGGAGGAUCUGCAGCAUCAAUCCGGCGGAUCGCAAAACCCACCAAGGCCGGGUUCUCGACGACGUAGCAGUGAUCGCAAGCUUACACCUACGUGUACCUGCGACCCGGAUCAGCAUUCAUCCUGUCGAAGACUAUGUACAAGCGCCGUUCAACCCCGGGACGACCUGGGCCGACUGCGAAUGCCUCGUCGGCUCGACAGACUACGAACUGAUGGCAGUCGUCCGACAUUACCGAGACGGAGGAAUCCGUGAACUGUCCACAGCGAUCAAGAUGGAGCGGUACAAUACAGUCCACAGCUUGCUGGAAGACCUAGCGGACCCCAACAGCAUCAUUCGCCACGAGGCGGUCUACGGACUAUGCAGCCCCUUGAGCCUCGCCGCGCACACCAACUUUGGAUGUUCUUGCAUUGCAGAAGCACUCAUCGAAAGCCACGCCGACGUCGAUGGCAGGCAUUUCGACAAGAGUCCGCUGAUGGCAGCCUGUGAAAGUCAGAACACACGGAUGGCCAACUUUCUCAUUCAAGCCGGCGCGGAUGUCAACCGGGCCACCCCGUUCAGAGAAACCCCUCUAUUCAUCGCUACGUCAGCGAACUCGGCGCCACUGAUCCGCCUCCUCGCACGGAGCCAUGCAGACAUCAAUCAACAAGAUGCUCAGCAGCGCGGGCCCGUCGAACGAGCCUUCGAACACGAGGCGCUCCGGGCAGCCACGUGUCUCGUACGUGCGAAGGCACGGGUGCAGCCGUACACAACCGACAAGUGUCUACUGCACCAGGCCGCAAAUAGAGGCAGUAUCGCAUGGGUCAAGCUGCUGUUGGCGGCCGGCGCCGAUCCUCAGGGCAGAGACCAGCACGGACGACUCUCCAUGGACGUACGUCAACGACUGCCGACCUUUCUGCAGCGGCAACAGCUGAGGCGCAGCCUUGAGCCGGCUAUUCCCUCGCUCACUCACCGCGAUCCAUUCCGAGUCGAUCACGAGGCUCGUGCCCGCGAGUAG